AUGUCAAAACCUGUCUCUUCUCUAUUGCAACGUCUGUCUUCAACCUACAAAACAAGAAGAUUCCCUUGGAAGAAACAUGCUCUCAUCGGUUACGAUUUAAACGGCAACGAAUAUUGGGACUGCCCCAACCCUUUAGGUGGAAGAAUGAAGCGUUGGGUUCAAAUGCACGAUAAAGACGAUAAUAACGAUUUAACUCGAUUUUCACAAGACUCAGUGCCAGUUCAAUGGCAAGCUUGGUUACGACAUAAUAGAAACGUGGCGCCAACCAUUCAAGAUCUGCUGCAAGAUGAAAGAAGAAUUGCCAUUGUUCAAGGUAGAGCCAAGGCAUUAGACGAAAAUUGGGCAAAGCGUAAAUUGGAAUUACAAGAGGCUCAAGAAGCAGAGCAAAUGGAAGUCAAUCGAUUGGCCUCUAUCGAGAGUGCUGAGGAACAAAAGGCUCAAUCAACACAGCCUAAGGGUCACGGCGAAACAUUUACACCGGGUGAAUGGGCUCCCAGUAGAUCAAAGAGAUGA